AUGAAGUUCCAGAACACCGUUGCCGUACUGGCGACGGCUGGCCUCGCCGCCGCUCAUGGCCAUGGCCACGGUCACGCCCACAAGCGCGCUACCGAGACCGAGAUCGUUUCAGUCCCUGGCCCAGUUGUGUAUGACUUUGUUGUACUAGAUCCUUCCAAGGCCGACGGCCCUCAGUCCAUCACUAUCGAGGAGGCCUGCGAAGGUCUCGCAAACCACGAGCUUGAAUGGCUGGGCUCUGCUGUUGCGUCUGCUUGCCCAUCUAGCACAACCACCUCCAAGACUACGACUGUCGCCCCAACAACAACCGUUGCCCCUGCCAUCCUCCAAGAGACCUCGGCUGUUAUCAACCCACCCAGCACAACAAGCAAGGCCGAGCCCACCUCUACCACCACUAAAGCCGCUGCUCCUACCCACAGCUCUUCCAGCUCCGGUGCCACUGGCCUCACCGCCGAAUUCCCUGAUGGAGAGAUCUCCUGUGGUGACUUCCCUUCGGAUUACGGUGCCAUUGCCCUCGACUACCUUGGUCUUGGUGGUUACUCCGGUAUCCAGUAUGUCAGUGGUACCGCUGAGGCGUUCAGCGAGAUUGUGACCGCUAUUACUGGUGAUGAGUGCCACAGUGGUGCCAUGUGCUCCUACGCUUGCCCACCUGGAUACCAAAAGUCCCAGUGGCCUACCAUCCAGGGUGCUACUGGCCAGUCUGUUGGUGGUCUCGAGUGCAAGCUCGGCAAGCUCUACCUCACCAACAAGAAUUACAAGCAGCUUUGCAUCCCUGGUGUUGGUGGUGUUCACGUCCAGAACAAGAUGAGCCAUAGCGUUGCUGUUUGCCGUACUGAUUACCCUGGUACUGAAUCUGAGACUGUUCCUCUCGCCGCCUCUCCUGGUACUAUUCACGACCUGACUUGCCCCGAUGGUGACAGUUACUUCGAAUGGAAGGGCAAGGUCACCUCCGCCCAGUACUACGUCAACCCCAAGGGCGUGUCCACCGAGAAGGCUUGCCAAUGGGGUGAUGGCAGCGAGCCCAUCGGUAACUGGGCUCCCAUCAACCUUGGUGUCGGUUACACCAAGAAUGGCAAGUUCUUGUCCAUCUUCCCCAACAGCCCGACCACCGACAAGCCCCUCAACUUCAACGUUAAGAUUGUGGGUGACAACCUCAGCGAUGAGUGCCGUUACGAGGAUGGCAAGUUCUACGACAAAAAGGGUCUCAUCCCCGGCAACAGCGGCUGCACAGUCGGUGUCACCUCCGGAAAGGCCUACUACGUCUUCUACGACUAA